AGCGGUUACUCACUCCAUGGCUGCGGAACGGAGAGGCGGCGGCGGCCUCGGCUGAAGAAAGAAGGCGGUGGCGAAGAGCGCAAGCGCGUGGAGGCCCUCCUCACCAGCCACCCUCACUGGUUUCCCAAUCAAGGGAGCUGGGCCUGGCGUGAUGGAAAAGGCACCCAGUUUGCAUCAGAUGGACCUAGAUUCUUUCUGAAGAGGCGGUUGGGCAGGUUGCAGACACCGGCGGAUUUGCUUUGGGAGCCAGAGUAGCUGCUGCCACCAGAGUCUGGAGCCAUGAGCGGGUUUAACUUUGGAGGCACUGGGGCCCCCACAGGCGGGUUCACAUUCGGCACUGCAAAGACGGCAACGACCACACCUGCUACCGGCUUCUCCUUCUCUACGCCCGCCACUGGAGGCUUUAAUUUUGGGACUCCCUCCCAGCCGGCUGCCAGCACCCCCUCCACUGGCCUGUUCUCACUCACCACCCAAGCUCCGGCGACACAGACCCCAGGAUUCGGUUUUGGAACCACAACUCUUGCUACGGGAGGAACGGGGGGCUUCUCCUUGGGGAUCAGCACCCCGAAGCUAAACCUGAGCAGCACGGCUGCCCCUCCCGCCACCGCUAACCCCAGCGGCUUCGGGCUCGGCGGCAGCACCCUCACCAACGCCGCCUCGAGCACUGUCGCCUCCAGCCAGAGCACAGCAGCGCCCACCGGCUUUGUGUUCGGCUCCACCACCACCUCCGCCGCUCCGACCACCACGCCGGGGGGAUUCUCGUUCACGGGCGGAAGCACAUCCCAGAGCGGGACCUCCGGUUUCAGUAUUGGCUCAAUGGGGAGCUUGGCCCAGCCCACGGCACUUGGCGGCCUGCCCUUCACUCCUGCUGCCCCGGCGGCCACCGGAGCAGGAGCCACACAGCCAGCUGCUCCUGCGCCCGCCGCCACCAGUGCUGGGCCCACGCCGUUCGCUUCCUUGGCGACCACCCCAACCGCCUCCACCACCACCAGCCUUUCCCUCUGUACCCCGUCAACCACAGCCGCGGCUACUGGGGCCGGGACCCUGGGCUUCAGCUUAAAGGCCCCCGGGGCGGCCUCUGCCUCCUCCACGACAGCAGCCACCGCCACCGCCACCACCACCGCAGCCACCACUACCGCGGCCACCACCACCACUGGCUUUGCCUUGAACCUGAAGCCACUGGCGCCGGCCGGGAUCACCGGCAACGCACCGGCGGCCACGGCCGCACCACCUGGCUGCAGCACAGCCACCGGGGCGGCCACCGGUCCCGCGAUGACCUACGCCCAGCUGGAGAGUCUGAUCAACAAGUGGAGCCUGGAGCUGGAGGACCAGGAGCGCCACUUCCUGCAGCAGGCCACGCAGGUCAACGCCUGGGACCGCACACUCAUCGAGAACGGGGAGAAGAUCACUACCCUCCACCGCGAGGUGGAGAAAGUGAAGCUGGACCAGAAGAGGCUGGACCAAGAGCUCGACUUCAUCCUGUCUCAGCAGAAGGAGCUGGAAGACCUGCUGAGCCCGCUGGAGGAGUCGGUCAAGGAGCAGAGCGGGACGGUGUACCUGCAGCACGCUGACGAGGAGCGUGAGAAGACCUACAAGCUGGCCGAGAACAUCGACGCACAGCUGAAGCGCAUGGCGCAGGACCUCAAGGACAUCAUCGAGCACCUGAACACGUCCGGGGGCCCCGCCGACACCAGCGACCCCCUGCAGCAGAUCUGCAAGAUCCUCAACGCGCACAUGGACUCGCUGCAGUGGAUCGACCAGAACUCGGCCCUGCUGCAGAGGAAGGUGGAGGAGGUGACCAAGGUGUGCGAGGGGCGCCGCAAAGAGCAGGAGCGCAGCUUCCGGAUCACAUUCGACUGAGCUGCCGGCCGGCGUCCGGGCCGUGGGUCCCGAGGGUGCUGGGAGCAGUGGGGGUUGCGCAGUUGUUGUCUGGCAUUUGGUCGCAAUGAAUACUUGUUUGUUCCUUUCUUUCAAACAACUAUGCUGUUGAGAACAGUUCUCUGGCGUGAUGUUUUGCAUUAGUAAAAAGAGAAGUAUUCUAAGCACCCAGGUCCAGACAGCAGCCUCUGCGGUGUGGUUUCUUUUGUGUAUCUUUGGCGUAGCCCAGACCCCUGUUACCUACAACAGCCACCCUCCCCAUCCUGCUUGCUCCAGCCAGGUGCCCGGACACCGUCCGUCUCCCAGCGGGGGUCCGCUGAGCCGCCACGGGUUCAGCACAUGGUCAUAGGUGCAGUGACAAGCCUCCAUCCUGGAGGAGACAGCAUCCUGGUAUAAGGGGUGUGUGUGUGUGUGUGUGUGUGGAAAUCCACCGCCAGUACAAAGCAGGGGUUUGUGAAUAGAACCUGCCGUGGGAUGUGGAAUUUCAAAGGAGAAGGACAGCUCAGAUGAGGGACUUAAAUUAGGUGUCAAGAAAAGGGUCAGACUCAAGCCAGGAGGUCUUUGCUUGGCCUGGCUGACACGCCUCCUGGUCUCCCAGGUCUCCUUAUCUUAGGCCCCCCUUCUCCAGGAAGCCCUCUUGGCCACCCCAAAGCUGGGUCAGAUGGCUGUCCGGUGGUCCCUGCACCACAGUGAGCUCGCACCUAGGCCACAUGAUCUUGUGCCAACCGUUGACUUGGCUGCCUCACCAUUAGAGUGUGAGCCCCUGUGGGCGAGGAGUGUUUCUUGUUCCCUUUUGUGACUUUAGCACCAUCCCUCACAUUUUCGAAUGGACAAACAACGGAAAACGGCAGCAGAUCUUCAUCCACCAAACGCCUGCUGAAAUGGCCACGGGUGCUAGAGGCGGCCACAGACUUGGUUCUGAACUUGACCGGCGCUAAAGCAAACCUAGCUCGUUACAGUGAGACCCACGGCAUCCAGAAGAACAGAAGCCAACCAGCUGUAGCCCGCGUGUCUUGUGUAUUUGUCUUUACACUUGCUGCACUGUCUGAAAUACCUAUGAUUCUAUGUUGCUUUUCCUAAAUAAAAUUUGUUGUGGAACAAAAAAAGA